CGUAAUACCUGAGAAUGGUCAGUCGUGUCGCUUACCACCAGGCGCAUGACUUGCUCGUCCGGUCACUUGGUGUCAUAAAAAAAACAGGCGGUUUACUUUGCGUUUACCACUAGUUUUGACUUUUGCGGCCAUGUUGUGACGUCACUACUUUUUGGAUCAAUAAUUUUUUCCUCCCCUUGUAUGUUGAUACUAUUUUGUUCUUUUAUUUCGCAGACGAAUACAGGGGCUACUGUUUGCUAGAAGCGUGCCGACUUGCAGAGCCGGCACGAGUCAAAAAGUUACUGUCUUCCGCUAAUUCCAGUAGCAGUCAGAAUCAGAGUACCCAAGCGUCAGUGAGUAGCAGUACCACCACUUCGGAAUGUUCUACGGAGGCGCUACUCGAGUUCCAGCAUCUCGGCAAUGGUGACCGACCGCUACACGGUGCUGCAGCGAGCGUCUAUCCUAAACGGAAGCAGGUCCUAGAGAUGUUAAUAAGAAAAGGCGCUCGGGUGAACGAGAAAAACAAAGAAGGCCAAACGCCAUUGCACGUGGCGACGGAACACUCGCAUUUGGACGCUAUGGACUUGUUAUUAAGGCACGGAGCAAAAGUAAACGCCUGCGAUGCUCGUGGCGAAAGUCCUCUAUCUCUAGCAGCCAGAAGAGACUCGGCAGCUGCGUGCCGACUGUUGCUUGCUUGCGGCGCGGACACCAGACCUGAGCCGCAUUACAGCCAACCCGAUGACUCGUGCGCCAACGCAGCGGCGCUGCGGCUGCUGGAGGCGGCGCGCACCGGCGACGUCGAAACGGCGCGCGCCAUUCUCGACGCGCGCCCGCGUCUCGUCAACUGCAGAGACGUCGACGGCCGACAUUCCACACCUUUGCAUUUCGCUGCCGGAUACAACCGCCUAGCUUUAGCACAGCUUUUACUACAGAGGGGUGCUGAUGUUCACGCUAAAGACAAAGG